CCGUCAUUCGUUUCCUUUUGCCACCUCGACGACGACGAGUAACGCAACUCGCAUUCGCUCUACUCUACUUCCCACAACAACCAAUCCACAAUGUCGGGCGGCUUUGGCAACUUUCUGAACAAGGUCAAGACGGGCGCGCAGAGCGCCGGCGCGCAAGCCGCCGCAUUUGCCCAGGAGGGCACGGCGCGCGCCCAGUCCGGCUCGUCCAACAUCAUGCAGGGCUUCUCGCUCCCCGGCGAGUCGCAGAAGGCGGCCAAGAUCCUCAAGAGCUUCCUGGCCGACCCGUCGCACCCCGAGUCGGCGCUCAACUCGAUCCCGAAGCAGGUCCUCCUCGGUUGCAAGGGCCUCGCCGUCUUCACGAUCCUCAAGGCCGGCUUCGUGUUCUCCGGCAAGGCGGGCUCUGGCCUCGUCGUUGCGCGUCUGCCUGACGGCAGCUGGAGCGCGCCGAGCUGUAUCGCCACUGCUGGCGUCGGAUGGGGCCUCCAAAUCGGCGCAGACCUCACCGAAGUGGUGAUGGUUCUCAACACGGACGAGGCGGUCAAGGCGUUCUCGCGCGGCGGCAACGUCACGAUUGGUGGCAGUGUGUCUGCUGCCGCCGGCCCAAUCGGCACCGGUGGCCAGCUUGCCGCGUCGAUUGUCAACCCCUCGCCUAUCUUCAGCUACUCGAGGUCCAAGGGUCUAUUUGCUGGCCUCUCGCUUGACGGAACUAUUCUCGUUGAGCGCAGUGACGCAAACCGUGCUUUCUACGGCGCCAACAUCUCAUCGACCGACAUUCUGACCGGCCGUGUCCCUGCGCCUGAGAUUGCGUCGCCAAUGUACGACGUUAUUGAGGCUGCCGAAGGUCUCGACGACUCGCACCUUCCCGACCAGUCGUAUGUUCCCUCUAACCCAGUUGGCGGUACACAUGCUCAGGCUGGUGCCCCCGCCAGUGCUCCUCCCCCCACCGGCAACACGCCCCUGUUUGACUCUGAAGCCGCGCACAAGAAGUAGAGUUGGUUUCCUUCCGAGGUGCUGCCGACCCGAAAUUGAUUUCGGCACCCUCGAUCCCAUUACUGCUGGCCCCCGUUUUGCUGUCGCCUACGCGGCUUACCCUGUAUGCAAGUGUGCCGAUGGA